AUGCCUUACCCAGAGACUACCGACGCCUUCGCGGUGACCGACAUCAAGAACUGGAGCACAUUCAAGCGCCAGGAGCUUCCUCUCAAGAAGUUUGAGGAGUACGACGUCGACAUUGCCAUUGACGCGUGCGGUGUCUGCGCUUCAGAUGUCCACACCAUCACUGGAGGAUGGGGCGAGGAACUCCCUCUACCCCUCUGCGUAGGACACGAGGUUAUCGGCAAGGUCGUCAAGGUCGGCGACAAGGUCACCAGGGUCAAGGUUGGAGACCGCGCCGGUAUUGGUGCUCAGAUUGGCGCCGACCUUACUUGCGACCAAUGCAAGAACGACCAGGAGAACUACUGCCCCAACCAAGUCGACACAUACGGUGCUAAGCACAACGACGGCACCGUCGCACAGGGUGGAUACUCCAGCCAUAUCCGUGGCCACGAGUACUUCGUCUUCAAGAUCCCAGACAACCUCGACACUGCCCUCGCAGCGCCCAUGCUGUGCGCUGGUCUCACCACAUACUCGCCUUUGAAGAGGUUAGGAGCUGGCCCCGGCAAGAAGGUCGGUAUCAUCGGACUUGGAGGACUUGGUCACUUCGGUGUCCUUUGGUCCGUAGCUAUGGGCGCCGACACCUACGUCAUCUCGCACUCUCCCAACAAGAAGGAGGAUGCGAUGAAGAUGGGUGCUAAGGACUUCAUCGUCACCAAGGACAAGGGCUGGGCUGAGCCAUGGAAGUUCCAGUUCGACUUCGUCAUCAACACCGCUGAUGCGACUGACAAGUUCGAUCUCUCCGAAUACUUCUCCAUCCUCAAGGUCAACGGUACCUUCCACAUGGUCGGCUUCCCUGACAACCCGCUCCCUGCCAUGCCCGCCCAGAUCUUCGCACCCAACGGCUGCUACAUGGGCGCGUCCCACAUCGGAAACAGGCCCGAGAUGGAGGAGAUGUUCCAGCUUGCAUCCAAGCAGAACAUCAAGAGUUGGGUACAGGAGAUCCAGCUCAGCGAAGAGGGCAUCAAGGAGGCUGUUGAGCGCGUGUACAAGAACGACAACGUCAAGUACAGGCUUACCCUGACUGGCUUCGACAAGGUCUUCGGCAAGAGGGCUUAG